AUGACGACUCAUGUGUUGACAAUUCAGCAAGAUGUCGACCCUAAACAAGGGGAGAUCCUCUUUGCAAUUAUUGGCGCCGUAUCGUUAGCAAUGAUUAUUAUAUCUACUUUUCCUGUCCUCAAGAAGCGGAUCUAUGAAAUAUUCUUGCGAACUCAUCAAGCCCUUGCAAUCCUAUUCUUCUAUUCUAUUUGGCGCCACUUGUCCUUGGGUUCCGUCUUCCUACGACUGUAUCUCUACAUUCCGUUGUCUAUCCUCUACUUGAUUACUGUCUACCAGGUCCGUCGAGGAUUCACUGCAACUUUGCAACAACGCACCACUGCCAGUGGAUCUGCUUCGUUCUGUGCGUUCCUAAUAGGUCUAUUUGGGAUUAGCCACUCCUUAAGUCAGUAUAAGACUGUCGUUACUGUGGCUAGCAAUGCUGGUAUUACCGGCGUGGUUCCCUAUCUCAAACAGCUUCUCUAUAGCUAUAACAUAUUGAUAGGUCAAAUCCGCCGUCUGCAUCUCGUGUGGGAAGUUGACACCCUAGAUAUGGUUGUUGAAGCGCAGCCUCUACUUAAUGAUCUUCUCAAAGACGACAGUCUUACCAACGGCUAUAUAAGUCAUACCAGGAAGCCUGACUACAACAAAAUCAUAUCCACCGAAGUGGCAGAUGACUAUAUAGAGAGAAUCCCUAACACUCCAGAACGGACUGGGGAGAUUCUGAUACUGACUUCCGUCUCAAACCGAUUGAGAGAUCAUUUGAAGUCUGUUGUUUGUCGAUACCUUGGUAAGAAAGUUACUAUGCAGGAAGUGGACUAUCGGCCGUCUGAGGUUAUCGCACAGUGA